AUGCAUACCUUUAAAUACCGUUGGUAUCCACACUGUGUCGCCGCAGAGUCCGCUGUUUGGGAGAGGGGAGUUCGUGGCAGAGUGGACAACCGGUUGCUGGUGGUGCAGUUGACACUCUGCGCCUGCGAGGCCCUGGGUUCGAUUCCCGCCCGGUGCCCAACUUGGUUGCGCCACUUGGGCACCCAACCAAGUUGGCCCGGGCAAAAUUCGUACCAUACCUAG